GUGUGCGCGCGCUCCGUGGCAAGUUUCUGCGGAACUUGUGCCUCCACUGCAUGUGUGUGUGUCUGUGUGUCUGUGCGUGAGCGCGCGCUCUUGCGUGCGCGUUGUGGCUUCCUCAGUGAAACUUCAUACAGGUUCACGGCGCGUUAUCGGGUGAAAUGAGCGUUGUACGCGCAGGGUCAGGGUGGACAUCUAAUUCUAGGAAUGCAUGGAUACGCGUUUCUGGAUCCGUGUUGUUUUGAAGUAGCCCUGAAGGUUUUUUUCUUCUUUUGUACAACGUUACGUUGAUUUGAUUUUUUUUUUUUUUUAAACUAUCGUGAUCCUAAAAAAUGAGGUUCAACGGUUACCUGAAGCUCCGGAUCGGCGAGGCGGUGGGACUCAAACCCACCACCUUCUCCCUGCGCCACUCCGUCAUCUUCAACAAAGCGCCCCCGACCAUGGACCCCUACAUCAUGGUGAAGGUGGACGAGCUGAAGAUCGGACAGACGCUGACCAAACAGAAGACCAACACGCCGACGUUCAACGAGGAGUUCUGCCUCAACGUGAGCGACGGGAAGCAGAUCGAGAUGGCGGUCUUCCACGACACUCCGAUCGGUUACGAUGACUUUGUGGCCAACUGCAUCAUUCCGUUUGAGAGCCUCAUCCACACCUCCAACACCGGAGAGACGUUCGAUGGAUGGAUGGACUUGGAGCCAGAGGGCAAGGUGUACGUUCAUAUUUCACUCACUGGUUCCUUCACAGAUGACGAUGCCACGGUUAAAGAGAGGAAAAGCUUCAAGCAGUUCACAAGGCAGCGACAAGGAGCCGUGAGACGGAGGAUCCACCAGGUGAACGGACACAAGUUCAUGUCCACGUUCCUCCGUCAGCCCACCUUCUGCUUCCACUGCAAAGAGUUCAUCUGGGGUGUUUUUGGAAAGCAGGGUUACCAGUGCCAAGUGUGCACCUGCGUGGUUCACAAACGAUGCCACCAGCACGUCGUCACCACGUGUCCGCGCAUGAAGAAGCCGGCGAAAGAGCAGCCCAUAAACCCAGGCUUCAGCAUCAACAUCCCUCACAUGUUCAAACUGCACAACUACAAGUCCCCCACCUUCUGUGACCACUGUGGCUCCUUGCUGUGGGGAAUAGUCAAACAGGGGCUGCAUUGUAAAAUCUGUAAAAUGAAUGUUCACAUCCGCUGCAAAGGCAACGUCGCUCCAAGCUGUGGGGUCAACAGUGUGGAGCUGGCCAGUAAGCUGGCAGAGAUGGGUUUGCAGGCCGGAGGACUCUCCAAACGCAAUUCAGUGGCCCAAAGUUCAAGUCCGAUGAAAGACGACACUGAGAGGAGGGAGAGUACGGACACUCAGCAGCAGACUCCUCGACUGGGCCUCUCGGACUUCACGUUCCUUCAGGUCCUUGGCAAGGGCAGUUUUGGAAAGGUGAUGCUGGCGAGACUAAACAGCAGAGAUCAGGUUUUUGCGGUCAAGGUGUUGAAGAAGGACAUCAUUUUGCAGGACGAUGAUGUGGAGUGUACCAUGACCGAGAAGAGGGUGCUAUCCCUGGCCUGCUGUCACCCCUACCUCACACAGCUGUACUGCUGCUUCCAGACGCCGGACCGUCUCUUCUUUGUGAUGGAGUUUGUGAACGGUGGCGAUCUCAUGUUCCACAUCCAGAAGUCCAGGAAGUUUGAAGAGCCUCGAGCUUGUUUCUACACAGCAGAGAUCACCUCAGCGCUCAUAUUCCUGCACAACAAAGGCAUCGUCUACAGGGAUCUAAAGUUGGACAAUGUUCUUCUUGACAAAGACGGUCACUGUAAGCUGGCAGACUUUGGCAUGUGCAAAGAGGGCAUUUUGGACGGCGUAACUACAGGAACUUUCUGUGGGACCCCGGAUUACAUCGCCCCUGAAAUCCUGCAGGAGAUGCAGUACGGGCCCUCUGUUGAUUGGUGGGCUCUCGGGGUGCUCCUGUAUGAGAUGCUGUCGGGGCACGCUCCUUUUGAGGCCGAAAAUGAAGAUGACCUCUUUGAAUCCAUCCUCAAUGAAGACAUUGUUUAUGCGUCUUGGCUCAGCACCGAGGCAGUUAAUAUACUCAAAGCUUUCCUGACCAAAAACCCGGCCCGGCGUCUGGGCUGUGUGGCCUCGGAGGCCGGAGAGGACGCCGUGACCAGCCACGCCUUCUUUGCCGACAUUGAUUGGGAGAAGCUGAAUCGCAGAGAAAUGGAGCCACCGUUCAAGCCCAGGAUCAAAACGCCAGAAGACGUCAACAACUUUGACCCAGAUUUUACACAGGAAGCGCCCACCCUCACGCCCAUCGAUGAACCCCUGAUCCCCUCCAUCAACCAGGAGGAGUUCCGUAACUUCUCCUACACGUCGCCUGAGCUGCUGGAGAGCUAAGGGUCUCCUCCUCCUGGAUUGGACCAGUCCCCCCCUCACUCUUCUCAGCGUCUGUGGCUUCUUCUAAGACAGUUCCCAGCGGUACUUGCAGUAUGAUGCUGUCACAUUCCCCAAAGACAUGAAGGUGCAAAUUGCCAAAGAGUCAGUCAAACACAUGCUUGACGACAACCGAGUCUGUCCCCUUAUGAACUCUUGAAGAAUUCCUACGGAUCCCCAAAGAGGGGAAUGUGAUCGCAUUUCAAAAAUGACUUUUAGUUGUGCGGUUGGGACUCAUUCAUUCAAGGGUCUGUGUAUUUUACAUGUGAUAUAUUGUAACCUUGUAAGCUGUACAACCAGAAUUGUUUUGUAUAUUUUUCUCUGAAUAUGCCUCACUUUUUUUUAAUAAUAGGAAUAAAUAAUGACUCAGCCGGCCAGAGAUUUCCAGAGAAGUCAAGCUUGCAGCCAACAGCUGGAAGAACUGAGCGAGCAAAUGGAAUAGUUUUUCAAUGAUGUGACAGUGUCCUGGGAAGAAACUAGUACCCACUAACCCACUCACAGUGGCGAGAUGACAUAUAAAACAAUUACAAGGAUGGUUUAACUAAAUAGCUGCAGGCAGUUUGGUAUAACAGAUGAUGUUCAUAGGUCAAACUUUGUUAGACAAACGUGGCAUCAGUCUCAAUCAUUCUCUUGAAUAAAGCAGGCAUUUUGAGGAUUAUGCAACAUUUCACCUGAGGUGAAGGCUCUGUGGUGAUUCACACUGAAUCAGAUGUCCAAAACUUUUGACAUUACGCCACAGAGUUACACUGUUCGGACCGGAAGACGUCUACCAGUAUGGUGUUGGCCAAUUGCCAUAUACAGUUGAAUCGUGGCAGUUCGGCUUACUCACAGAACAAAUACACACACACACACACACACACACAUAGUUUCUUUCUCUCAACAAACCGAGCCUUUGAAUGCUCACACAGGCCUUUUCAUACUUGAAAAUCCCAUAAAGAUUUUUGAAUGUGCUCCCUGCUUAACACUUACAGCAUCUUCACUGUGAAAAUGUAUGAAUUAGGACGAGAGAGGCGGGCCGAGAGAAAACCUUAAAAUUGUUACCCUGCAGUACAGUAACCUCGGCCUCAUUUUGGUGGAGGAUUUCAACAGUUCAUUUUUUCUCAUUGCAAACCUGUAGAGACUAAACAGGAAACCACACAGCGUCAUUACUGCUGGCUUCGAUUGAAACAGGGAGGCACAAUAAUGAUGUUUUUUUCGGGACCCUUUAAGAAGCGGGAAUGUCAUACACUAUUUGCUAUUGCUGGUAACAACAAGGGGAAAAAAAACACUGCCGUCGAAAGAUGUAUUGUGUUCCCUGUGACGACAGUUUCAAGCGGAGAUGAAGUCUUCCUGUUAGUUUCAAGGAGGAAGUCUUCAGGCUACACAUCUGUUAGUCUCUUCAACCCAUAUCCUGUUGAAGGCUGUGUGGCUAGACGCUGUAAAUUAGUGGCUUCAAAUACAAGAAUGCUUGUGAACUAUCUGGAACUAGAAGCAGUGCUUUUACAGCACAAAACCAGAGCUAAUGCAAAGCUAUGCUGAUUUGCAAAGACAAAUUAAAAGUAUAAUAAUAAUGCAACCGCACAUUCCUGAACAAUCCUGUUGAACAACAAUGUUUAACUUUUAAAAGUGCAUUGAUCUCGGGGAUUUAAUAGGAUCUAACUAUUCAGAGUGAGUUAUAUACAAAUAUUGAGACAUUGGAUUAAAUUACUUUUUCUUUUACCUGACUAACCCCGUUUGGCAGCUUUCCUCAGGUAAUGUCUGGAUGAGACGGAAGAUGGAGGAGCCUUGUCUCAGCUUCCAUUACUGAGACUUAUCGAUGCCUGCCAGCAGGGCCUCUUCUCAGCUUGAGUCAGUUUAACCCUGCUGAUUGAUACAAAGACUCCGACAUCAGCGGGAAGGGUGAAGGGAUUAAAGGGAUUCCCUCUAAGUUAACUCCCUCUUAUGCUUAACCUUAAAAGAUGUUUCAAAUAUAAUCUCACACCAUUGUUACAUGGUGAAA